AUGGGCUCAGUUUUCUCGUCUCCGAAUAACGGUCAAGGCCACACCGACGGUGACCGAGCCGACCUUGAGCAGAAGAUCGCCGACCAAAAAGAAACCAUCACUGCCCUUGAGGAGGACCUCUCCAAGAAGGAGAAGCAGUACACAAUCCUCUCCGAGGAGGCAGAGGACCUCCGCCAGAAGGUUCAGGAGCUCAGCAAUGACUUGACAACUUCGCAGAAGGAUAGCCAGGCUAAGAUCAGCAGCCUCCAGUCUGAGCUUGCUGCCAGCAACGACAAGCUUGCCCAGCAGUCCCAGGCCGGCAACCAGGCCACCGCCGCCAACGCCCAGGAGCUCGAUGACGCCAAGAAGCAAUUGGCUCUCCUCCAGGAGCAGCUCGACAACGUCCAGAAGGAGAAGAAGACGCUGGAGGAAGAGCUCGCCGCUUUGAAGCAGGAGCUCGCCGAGGCCAAGCAGGAGCGCGAGGCUCUCGAGACUUCUCUCCGCGAGGAGCUCACCAAGCUGCGCACCCAGUUGACCGACGCCGAGCAGGCCCAGACCACUCUUCAGCAGGCCCUUGACAAGCUCAAGGCCGAUGCUGAUGCGACGAACAAGACGCUCACCGAAAAGACCGAGGCUCUGUCCACUCUGGAAGGCAAGCUGACGACGCUCGAGGGCGAACACAACAAGCUGAAGACGGACACUACCGCCGAGAUUUCUGCUGCCAGCGACAAGUACAAUGCUCUGCAGCAAGCUUUGGACAAGCUCAAGUCGGACACCGACUCUGAGGUCGCCGCUGCCAAGAAGGAUCUUGCGGACGCCCAGGCCAAGUUCACUGCUCUCCAGGAGGCUCACGACAGCUUGAAGAACGCCUCCGACGGCGAUGUUGCUGCGGCUCAGAAGGAGCUCAUCGACACCCAAGAGAAGCUUACUUCCCUUCAGCAGGCUCUCGACAAGGUGAACGCCGACUCUGCCUCUCAAUUGAAGGCUGCCGAGCAGGAGCUUGCCGACGUCCAGGCCACGCUUGCCGAGCUUCAGGGCUCCCACAACAAGCUCAAGACUGAUUCCGAUGCGGACCUCUCCGCCGCGAAGAAGGACCUUGUUGAGGCCCAGGAGAAGCUGGCUGCCCUCCAGCAGACUGUUGACCAGCUCAAGGCCGACUCUGAGGCUGAUGUGUCCUCGACCAAGAAGGAACUUGCCGACACGCAGGAGAAGCUUGCUGCGCUCCAGCAGACCCACGACAAGAUCAAGUCCGAGUCCGAAGCCGAACUUGCCGCCGCCAAGAAGAGCCUCGCCGAAUCCGAGGAGAAGCAGAAGGAAUUGCAGCAGGCCCACGAAUCCGAGCUCGAGUCCGUCAAGAAGAGCCUUUCAGAGGCCGAGGAGAAGCAGAAGACGCAGCAACAGGCUCACGAGUCUGAGCUCGAGACUGUGAAGAAGAGCCUGGCAGAGGCUGAAGAGAAAUAUACCCAGCUCCAGCAAGCCCAGGAGAGCUCCAACACCGAGGUUGAGGCUGCCAAGAAGAACCUCGCCGAGGCCGAGGAGAAGUACGCUAAGCUCCAGCAGGAGCAGGAGAAGUCCGCCGCCGAGAUCGAGGCCGCUAAGAAGGCCGCGUCCGAGUGGGAGGAGAAGCACAACAAGCUUCAGCAAGACCAGGAGAAGUCUGCUGCCGAAGUCGAGGCUGCCAAGAAGACUGCCUCGGAGUGGGAGGAGAAGUACAACACCCUGCAGCAGGCCCAGGAGAAGUCUACUGCCGAGCUCGAGUCCGUCAAGAAGACCCUUGCCGAGUCCGAAGAGAAGUCUGCCAGCUUGAAGCAAGCCCAGGAGAGCUCAACUGCCGACCUCGAGGCCGCCAAGAAGACUGCCUCGGAGUGGGAGGAGAAGUACAACACCCUGCAGCAGGCCCAGGAGAAGGCUCAGUCUGAGUCGAGCGCCGAGGUUGAGGCGGCUAAGAAGAGCGUCGCCGAGUGGGAGGAGAAGUACAACACCCUCCAGAAGACCCACGAGACGUCCGCCGCCGAACUGGAGGCUGCGAAGAAGAGCAGCGCCGAAUGGGAGGAGAAGUACAACGCUACUCUGCAGGAGCAGGAGAAGGCCAAGGCCGAGUCCGCUGCCGAGCUCGAGGCCGCCAAGAAGAGCGUCGCUGAGUUGGAGGAGAAGAACAAGGCUCUCCAGGAGGCAAACGACAAGGCCCAGUCCGAUUCCAGCGCUGAGCUUGCUGCCGCCAAGCAAAGCCUGUCUGACGUUGAGGAGCAGCACUCCGCUACCAAGAAGACUCUUUCUGAGCUUGAGGAGAAGCACACCACUCUGCAGCAGACCCACGACAAGGCUCAGUCCGAUGCCACUGAGGAGUCCUCUCGCUUGAGCAAGGAGUUGGCCGAGCUCCAGUCGAAGCACGCCGACCUUGAGAAGUCUGCCGAGGCCGCCAAGAACGACAUCUCGGCCGAAUUGGAGACUGCCAAGAAGGACGCAGCAAGCUGGCAAGAAAAGGCCAAGGAGGCUGAGACCAAGAUUCAAGACACCGAGAAGAAGGCCCAGGACGCUGAGUCGAAGGCUCAAGAGUCCGAGAAGAAGGUCGCAGACGCCGAGUCUAAGGCUCAGGAGCUUGAGAAGAAGGCUGCAGAGGCUGAGAAGAAGUCUCAAGAGUCUGAGACCGCUCGCGAUUCCCUGACCAAGGACCUUGAGGCCGCCAAGAAGGACGCUGCUGCCGCCGAGGAGCGUGCAAAGGCUUUCGAGGCUGAGCUCAAGAAGCUUCGCGAGGAGGCCGCCAAGACCGAGAAGGUCAACGGCGAGAAGACCAACGGCGAGACUGUUGAGGAGAAGAAGCCCAAGGAGGAGGCUGUUGCUGCAUAA